ACGUGAUCGAAUGCGGGAGAUCUGGAAGGAGGUCUUAUGUCUGUGACCCAGAUCGAGUCAUAUCAGAGAAUAAUGCAGUUAUACUGGAUAUGGCUAUAGAAUACAUAAGAGCGAAUGGUACGUGUGCCUGUAGAAGGAAGAAGUGCGCAAAAUUAGACUUAAUGCGGGGACCUGCUAUAUCAGUGGCCUUAUUGUCGAGCUUAUCGCUUUCUGAUGGGUUGAAUGACACCUUGAAAAACAAGCGUCUGACGAUGGAAACCUUUGGAAAUGCACUUCACAAGAAAGCGGACUGGAAGUUUGGAAAUUGCAAAGAUGAUAUCACAAUUAUCCUUUCUAAGUUUGAUCAACUGAUAUACACAGUGGUAUCAGAGAGACUAAAUACCAAAUUAAAACCAGCCUGUAUAGAUGACGUUCUUUCCUCUGUGCGUCCCUUACUGUCUGCUGGUGCUAUUGGGAAGGCACUGAAAGAGACAAUCGUAUCGUAUGGAAGGAUUCUCUCUUAUCUGAAAGAAGAUGAUAAAUUGAAUUCAACCAGAAACGACUGCUUAAAAGACAAAAGCACACUGGACACCAAACCCAAUCAUUGGCGUGACUUACAACCUAAAUUGAAAUGGACUAAAGAUAAUUUCCCCAAUCCACAGGAAGAACCUCGGAGAUGUGGGAGACGAGCGCCAUCUUUAUUAUGCGAUCCAAAUAAACUUUUAUCAGAGCAUGAAGCCAAAGCAGUGGAUGGUGCUCAAGAGGACAUACGAAUACACAGCAGCACUCAGUGUACACGUAAUGAAACAGUAAACUGUGACGAAGGAGUUCAAGUAUUUAUAGCAAUCAUCCCUGCAAUAGAAAGGUAUUCCAUGCACGACACCGACCGUGCUGAUCCAUGGGAUGUAUUCAUAUCACACAUACGCAAUACAUCAUUUGAAGGUAAAUAUGCCUGUGACGACACAAUAGGCAUAUUAGUGUCUACUUCAGAUCAAAAGAUGCGCACAUCAAUAGGCGAGAGUUUGAAAACAACUUUCACAGGGGAGUUGUUGACCUGUAUCAAUACACUUGCAGAACCACUGGUCAAAAAAGAUAGAUAUAGCGAAGCUAUUCUCCAGGUUCUUGCUGCAUACAGGGAUGUUCUGAUCAGCUCCAAUUAUUCAUGCGUGGUAAACACAAUGACCACUGCUAGCGACAUCUUUCAAUCCCAACGAAUGAACAUUUUUACAUCGUGGUAUAUCGCAGCUGCUGCAUCCCUUGGAGGACUUAUUGUUUUACUGACAAUUGUUGGAAUAUGUAUACGAUAUAACCGACAAUGUAGAACUAUAAAGGAAACACAUUUUUCAGGGUAUGUCGCCGCAAAAUAUAAAUCACCGGCAGCAGCCGCAAAAUCAAGUGCUUCGUGUGAACAAAAUAUAGAGGCCCCUGUCAUCUCUGUAUGCCAAGCGAAUAACCACAUCGAAAUUGAAGAGGAUAGCCGGCUUGAAGGGAAUCGUGCAAUCAAUGAAGUUUGCAAUGAAAAGAUGUCAGUCGAAGCGGUAGUAUCGAUUGAACUUAGAGAAACAGAAAGUAAUGAACUACAGAAUGGAGACAUUGUUGUUUGAAUACCACUUGGUCGAUUUUUGAAUAGCAAUAGAAUAGUGGUACUUCCGUGUCUUGCAUGUAGGAGUCCGUCCAAGAAAUCGGAAACGUUUGUCUAACUACGACCCUACUGUGCCUACCACUAGACUAUAAUAGAAUUUCCGUAAUGUGAAGUGUGGCUUUGUGUGUCACAUAAUGGGAAUGAAUAAUGUUAUCUGAGGCUUAUAUUUAUUUAUUCAUUUAUUUAUUUGCCAUUUGCAUACACAUAAGACUUUUAAAAUAUUGUGAACUGACCAGAUACUUUGGCCAAAGGUAAUGCACUGCAACUGAAAUAUUGUUGAAUACAUCAUAUAUCAUACUUGACUUGGAAAGUAGGAGUUCCUAUUGCAUAUGCAUGAUCCAUGUGCAAAUAUUUCUCCUUACCCGGAGACCAUUUUA